AUGGCUUCCAUGGGUGCCCCGGGAAAUAGAAAUCCAUUGGAUGUUGUGAACAAUGCUCCUUAUUGUUUAAAAAUUCAUGGGCAAUAUCAUCAUUUGACCUCGACGGCAAUGUGCCCAGCGGAUGGGCAAGCUCCGCGAUUUGCACAACUUUACUUUUUAGAUACAGAAGAAGCUGUGAAUCAUAGAAUGAAUAACAAAGCUAAUCAAGAAUGUGAUCCAGAAAUAAUGAAAGAUUUGUCAUGUUUUAUGGUUCAAUGUAAUGAAUUUGCAAAAACUUUUAAGAUGAUGCGUCAAGUUGAAAAAGAUCUGAAUCCAAUAGGCAAUAAAACAAUAAAUUUAAUGUUGUCAUUUAGAAAAGAUCCUCAACAUGAUCAAAGAAGAUACAAUGCUCCACAAGCUAAUAAAAUAGCUGUGGUCUUUCAGAAUGUAGAUGGUAAACCUCCAUUUGAAAGAGACAUUAGGAUUUAUAAUAAAAAUUCGAACGAUGUACAACAAAUAUCAAUUUUGGACAAAAGAUGUGAUCCAAUGUGUUAUCCAUUGUUAUAUCCAUAUGGUAACGAUGGAUGGCAUUCAGAACUUAAAUCAAAUAAUCCUAAAUAUCCAGGAUUUAAGAUAAGUCAAAUGGAUUAUUAUGCUCAUCUGCUGGCACGAAGAGUCGAAUUUAGCCAAUUUAAAAGGGCAGGAAAAUUGAGAUGUCAAUUUAUACUUGAUGCAUAUAUGAAAACUGAAGUCAAUAGACUUAAUUAUAUUAAAUUGAAUCAACCUCAAUUAAGAGCUGAACUUUAUUCCGGAUUAAUGGAUCAUCUUGAUAAUCGAGCACAAAAUGAAGGAAUUACAGUUGGUAUACCUGUAAUAUUACCAUCUUCAUUUAUGGGCAGUCCAAGGAACAUGCAAGAAAGAUACCAAGAUGCUAUGUCUUUGGUCAGAAAGUUUGGUAAACCAGACAUUUUUCUUACCAUGACUUGCAAUCCUCAAUGUCCAGAAAUUAAGAAUAACCUUGAUGGAUGUCUAAUAGAGUUUCGACCUGAUUUAGUUGCUAAAACAUUUAACUUGGAUGUUAAAGAAGUUUUAAAGGAUUUAAUCCAAAAUAAAAUUUUUGGAAAUAUUAUAGCUUAUGCAGGCGUGAUUGAGUUUCAAAAAAGAGGGCUUCCACAUUUGCAUUUACUUGCAAUGUUAAGUGAUGAAGAUAAGCCACGACUUCAAGAAGUCAUUGACAUGAUGGUAUGGGCUGAAAUCCCUAACGAAGAAAGAUAUCCAGAACUUAAUAAAAAAGUUUUGAAACAUAUGAUUCACGGUCCAUGUGGAGAUCCCUCAAUGAGAUAUCCUUGCACUGGGGAAGAUGGAAAAUGUUUAAAAGGUUUUCCAAAAGAAUUUUUUGAAGAAAUUAAUGCUAAUGAUUUGACUGUGCUGCAAUUGAAGUACAAGCACGAGAUGGCACAAGAUUCAUUAGAAUAA